ACCAUUCCCUUUCCAUCGCCAUUGCUAGUUUUCAAUAACACGCCAAGCUCAGAGCUCUUUGAAUUUACAAUCUCCACAUUUUUGAAACCUCAGUUCCUCCAGGGGGAAGAGGAGAGGAAGCUAUGGACAUCCCAGUCCAGCAGAAGAAGCUUUUACUCGAUAUUAAGGGAAAUAAAACAGAUAUAGUAAUAUGUGCCUAUGAUGAUCAUUUUCUGGUUAUAGCUACUCAAAUAGGAAGCAUGGGUACAAUAUUGCAGGCCAGGAAUGAGGAAGGGGUGUCGAUCCAUCCAACAUUUAGUGUUUCUGUAUUACUGGGUAAACGCAAUGAGCCCAUGCUGGUUGCAUGUGCUCGGCAGAUUAUUGAACAUAUAAGUAACGCCGGAUCUUCUAGGUCUUUGGUUUUAUGUCUUGGUCUACGAGACCAUUCUCUGCCCACUUUGAAGGGUAUCGUUUCGGCUGUCACUGAGAACUGCCUUUGGUGACCUAGACUCUAGUUAGUUUUGGAUUGUUCAUAGUUGUUAAA